UCACUGCAAUGUGGUUUUCCUCUCAGGGAAGCACUCGAGCUCUGAAUUUUCAGUCUGGCUUGCAUAUGCUGUCAGAAGCUAGUGGGAGACAGUUUUCUUUUUAAUGCAGAAAAGAGGACAAGCUUUUACUGGUCUGUAGACUGAGUUAUUUGGGAAGAAAAUGAAGAGCAGUGCCAGGCCUUGGAGUGCAAUGGCAAGGCAAGGGAGCCAUGGGAUUGACAGGGGAAAAUCUCUUUCCACCACCUCAACAGGAAUGAAGACGUCCAAGUCCUCCACUUCCCUUGCCUUUGAAUCUCGGCUCAGCAAGCUGAAGCGGGCGAGCAGCGAGGACACGCUCACAAAGCCCGGGGCAGCGGCAGCUCCUGGAGUCUCGAGGCUGAAGAAGACCAUCACAACAGGAGCCAUUUCCGAGCUUGCUGAGAGUCGACUGAAGCCCUGCACAGGUGCAGUUUCGGCUGCGAAGCGCACAGGGAUCCCAGCACCCCGGGAAAUCUCCUCCUCUGUGUCCAGGGAGAGGGCUGUGCUGCGUGGUCAAACCAAUGCCAGGAAAACACAACCCAGCCCCACCUCUUCUGGUGCACCAACUCCUACCAAACACGUGCGCCCCACCAGCAAGUCCAAGCAAGAGAAUGAAACCGGUGACAAGGCUGUUCUGGAAUCUCAGGUUAAAGAGCUCCUGGCAGAGGCGAAGACAAAAGAUUCUGAAAUUACCAAACUUCGCUGUGAGUUGAAGAAAUGCAAAGAGAAAGGGUCCCUUAAUGCUGAAAGAAUGGGUGCUUGCAGCCAAAAUUUAGAAACGGUAUCACCUGUUGACAUAGAUCCGUUGAUACGGUCCCUGCAGGAGAAAAACAGGACUUUCCAAAAAGAGCUUGCCAGCCUGGGAGAAGAAAACCGUGUCUUGAAAGAGAAACUGCUUUAUCUGGAGAACUCCCCUCUGUCAGACACAACCACGAGCAGUGGAGGUGACAGCAGCCUCCCAACCCCGACUACCCAGGAGUCCAGUUUUGGAAGCCCAUCCAAAAACGCCUCGAGAGGCGAAGUGGAGGAGCACAGGCCGCACGUGAACGGGGGUGCCCUGCGCAAUUCCGGUUCCUCCAGCAGCGAUGUCACUAAAGCUUCCCUGUCCCCUGAUGCGUCUGAUUUUGAGCACAUAGCAGAUGUGCCUUCCAGACCAACGUCUGCCAACAGCAACCACUUCAAAGGUUCCAAAUGCUCCACUGCAGGAAGUUCUCCGAACAACAUUAGCGACCUCUCUGUUGCCUCUCUCACAGAGAGAAUACAAAAAAUGGAGGAGAAUCACCACAGCACAGCAGAGGAAUUACAAGCCACUUUGCAGGAGCUGUCAGAUCAACAGCAAAUGGUGCAGGAGCUGACAACAGAAAACGAGAAGUUGGUGGAAGAGAAAGCUCUCCUGGAGACCUCCUUCCGUCAGCACAGAGAUAGAGCAGAACAGCUGAGCCAGGAGAACGAGAAGCUGAUGACUCUCCUCCAAGAGCGAUCCAAGAGUGAAGAAAGCAGAGCUCAGGAGGGGAAGGUGCUCGAACUGGAACAGAAAUGUGCAGAAGUUCUUGAAAAAGCACAGUUUGAAAGAGAGAAAUUGCUCAACAUUCAGCAGCAGUUAACCAGCAGCCUGCGAAGCCUGGAGAGGGAACAUCAGGAUGCCCAGCAGGUGAUUAAAAGCCUGAGAGAAGAAAACGAGAAGCUGCUUAAACUUCUAGAGGUGGAACAGCAGAGCAACAGCACAGUGACAAAAAGCCUGGAGGACUGUAAAAUUGCCUUGGAAGGUCUGAAAAUCGAGAAUGGCUCUCUCAAAACCCAGCUGGAGAAUGAGAAACAAAAGGCUGCAGAAAUCAACGUGAUGGGCCGUGCCCCUGACAACUCAGAGGUGCAGGAGAUGCUCAAAGUAGCCCACGCAGAAAAGGCUCAGCUAGAAACCUCUUGCACUGAGCUGAAACAAGAGCUGCUGAAGGCAAACAGUGAACUAAAGCACAUUCAGGGGCUGCUGUCUAAGGCUGAGAGUGAGUGUGGUCAGCUGAAGGAGGUGUGUGACCAGCAGGCUGAGCAACUGAGCAGAACCAGCCAGAAGCUGCAGGAGAAAACAUCAGAGAAUGAAGCAGAUAUAAAAAACCUGAAGGAGACCAUCUUCGAGUUGGAAGACCAGGUGGAACAACACCGUGCUAUAAAACUUCACAAUAACCAGCUCAUCAGUGACUUAGAAAGUAAAGCAAUGAAGCUGGAAGAGCAAAAACAAGAUACAGAGAGGCAGCUGAAGGCUCUGAGUAAGCAAAUGAAGGAAGAUGCAGAGGAGUGGAGGCGUUUCCAGGCUGACCUGCAGACUGCAGUGGUUGUGGCCAACGACAUUAAGUGUGAAGCUCAGCAGGAGCUCCGUGUGGUAAAGAGGAAGCUGCAGGAGGAAGAGGAGAAGAGUGCCAGGCUGCAGAAGGAGCUGGAUGAAGUGAAGGGCAGCAACAGGUGCCUGAUCUCCACCAGCUAACACAGCCCUGAAGGGAUGCACAGCCAGGCCUGGGAGACACUGCAGGACUUGCCUUCAACUCGCAGCUGAAAAAGGGAAGUUUCAAUUCGAGAAAGCACCUCCGGGUUUUUUUUAUUAUCCUGCAAAAGUCAAGUGUAUUGCAAAGUGUGAAUGCUCAGGUCCACCUCUUCCCCAUGGGCAAGAGCCUCUCUCUUUGUUUCAGAAGGCUUCUCUCUCUCCAGAAGACUCCAUGAGGCAGAAGAAGUUCUGAAUGAGUCUAAAGCCAACUAAGCCAUAAGAAGUAAUCACAGAGAUUUGGGGAUCUGAAAUAACUGAGAGCUUUUUUUUUUUUUUUUUUUUGGAGCUGUUUUCCUUGAAACAGACAUUUGAACAUGCCAUUUUAAGCUUAAGCAAGAAUAAAACUGAGUGCGUAUGUCUAAUUAGUAAAAUUCAGUGGGCAUACACACGAGUUCUCCAGAUAGUAUUAUAUUCUGUGAUCUGUCUCUGUGUGCCUAAAUGCACGUAUGAGUACAGAUCGUGUGUACGCACACACAAAUUCGGUGAUGGGUCGCUGAAAUCCAGCAGGAAAACUGAAUAGAAACGUGAAGUUACUCACUCGGUAUCAGCUGCUUUGAUGGUCUCAGAUUUUUACUCUUGUGUUGACAAGGCACUGGCCACUGGGUGGCACAUCUGGCCCGGUGCUGUGUGAGGGAGGGAUGGUGCUCGAGGAGCGUGUCCUGCUCUAACCUUGGCAGAGAACGUUCCAUGGGAGGUUUGUCCCGGCCGUAAGAGCUGCACAUGGAGAGAUCAGAAGGAAGAGAACGGAACAUAUCAAGCCCCUAGUGAAUACCCUCUCAGAAGGGAGUUGUUCUCAUGCCUUUAACUCAGGUGAAGUAUGUGGUGAUCAAGGAGAACUUGAAGUUCAGCUUUGCAACCGGAGACACCAGGGGAGAGCUUUCGUUGGACGCGGAGGAAAAGCUCAGAAGUCGCCAUCUCUAGCUGGAGACUAUCAGGAUUCAUUCCAGGACUGGAAUUUCACGUUUUGGCUGUGGGAUUUCUGUCCUUUUCCUUCUGGAUGUGAAGACCUAGCAAGAGCCUGGUCUUGGAGCAGGCUGAGCUAGCAGAGCAUCCUGCGGGAUGUGCUGGCUUUGGCAUGGCCUGCACCUUUGUGCCGUGCUGUUGGAGUGAAUGCCUACGUGCACACUUGUGUUGCCUUUCUUUUCUGUGCUGGCAGCUGUUGAAUGUUGGGGUUUAUGUUUAAGAAAUAUAUAUCGAAGUGCCAAAUAAAUGUUUCAGUGUCUGGAAUUGUCUACUGCCUGCCCUCGGCCUCUCUUCUAUUCUGUGCAUCA